AUGUCUACCACUUUGCAGUCCCAUGAAGAGCCUUUAACCCUGGGUACACGACUCAAGGGUGACUCCGGACGAAUGUAUAGGAUCGAAGAAGUCCUCGCUGAUCGCAGAAAGCCCCUGCUAUGUGUAUAUCGUGCACGAACGGCGGAAAGCGCUGAUGAAGGGAACUACGUUAUCAAGAAUAUGAUCCCAGGCGAGUUUGAGUAUCAGUUGAACUUGCAGAAACAACUCGCAACCUGCCCCAACGUGCGAUCGGUAUUCGAUACUGUCCCAGACCUCGAUUUAUUUAUCUACCCAUUCCUUACUGGAGACUUGCUUCAUAUCAAAGCGAACAAUAUCCUUGUUGAUUAUGAUGACAGCAUCCAGGGUCAAACGAUCAUAAAAAAAGUUCAGAUCUCGGACCUUGAGGAUGCAGUUCUUGUGCCACCCGGGAAAUGGCUGAGAGGGCCUCUCUGCGGUAAUGCCAUCUGGAGGAGCCCUGAAAGCUGGUGCAGAUCUCGCCAGAACCAAGCCUCAGAUAUGAUUUACUUUAUGCUCAACGAGAUGGUUUUUCACGUCCAUGACAGCGAGCUUCAUGCGUCAGACUCUUGGCGCUACGUUCUCCGGAGGCAUAUAUCCUAUUUUGCGGACGAGCAAGGCUUCACUGGAUUGCUGGAGCAUAUUGGGGAAGCUAAUCCUUUUCAUGGGCGCUUAAUCACACUUGCCGGCGACUUCACCUCAGAGAGCCCUAGAGAGCCUUUCGAAUCUUGGAAGUAUGUUGAGCCCGAAUUCAGGGACCUCGUGGGCAAGAUGACGAACCUGGAUCCAACCAGAAGGAUCACGGCCAGACAAGCACUUGAGCACUGUUGGUUCAGCCAAGCCAUUAAACAAUACGGGGGUUGA